UUAUGGAGAGCUCCAAAGCCCAGAUGUGGAGGCCAGGUUUUAACAGCAGGAGAGAAUUUAGUAGACAAAUGUAUGCCAUCAGAAGGAUAAGAGAUGCUUUCAGAGAAAACAAGAAUAUAAAAGAUACUGAAAAAAUAGAAGAACUCGUGAAUAAAGCAAAAGCAAACCUAGAGAUUAUUCAUCGGCAGGUUACUAUUGGCCAGCUGUAUUCCUCUCAGAAACUGGUGAUUGAGAGUCCAGGAAACACAUAGCUGGAGAAGACCCUGAUCCUGAAGCGACACUGGACCACCUUCAGCAUCCUACAGUGCCACAUACAGAUGCAUAAACUCACUGCACAUGUCAGAGCUUUUCUGUUCAGCAGAAGAAACAUCUGAGGGACUCAGUUUUUGGCAACCAAAGUACUCUAUUUUCUAAUAGUUCACACAUUCUGAAGUGCAUCGCGGUGAUUUACAGUAGCAUGCAGGGCGAUCCUGCGCUGUUUCCUAGUCUGUUUGCUUGUACGUCCCCUGUGAUAAACUGGC